AUGGAGAAGAGGCUGCAGAAUGAUUAUGGACAAAUUGGCAGUGGUUCUAAUGAAAAUGUGGUCAUUCCUCGCUUUGUGGAGUCUGUGAGCCACGUGUCAAAGGUCACCUGUGGGGCAAACCACAGUCUUGCACUGACAGGUGGGGGCAGGUUGUUUCAGUGGGGCUGUGGACGGGCAUGUGGGAACAUAAAAAAGAACAUCCUAUUCCCAGAGGAAGUGGCACUACCGAGCUUACCAGUAAGAGACAUUGCUGGAGGAUGUUGGCAUAGCCUGCUGCUCACCGAUGGUGGGAAUGUCUUCUCCUGGGGGACGGGGCAAGAGGGACAGCUUGGACUUGGAGAAGACAGGAUUCACAUCUCUACUCCUUGUCUUCUCAGCUAUUCUCAGCUAGCCAAAGUCACACAGAUACAAGCAGGGGACAGCUACAGUGCAGCUGUCACAGCAGGUGGAGAACUACUUCUUUGGGGUCAGAUCUCCUGUGUAUCUUGGGUCAGUGAAUAUCCAGGCCUCAAAAGGCUCUGGACCCCCCAGCCUCUUCCACUGCCAUGCAGAAAGGUGUGUGAUGUUGCCUGUGGUACCUGGCAUAUAAUGGCCCUCACCACAGGUAUCAAAAAGAAGAACAGAGAAUGUGAAACUGAAGCUUGCUUAAGAGACACUGUCAGCAGUCCCCUACCUACACAGCAGACAGAGAAAGAAAACACAGUGCAAGACUUAAAGCAGGUUCAACACAAACACCCUCAAAGCCAAGACAGAGCAGGGAGCUCUGAAGAGCAGAAGAACGAUGAACAAAGUGAGAGUACAGAGGAAGAAGAAGGACAUGAAGAGGGGGGUGGGGUGUUGCAUUGUGCAGCAUUUGUCCAGCAUUUAACGAAACCAGGUCUGCAACAGGGAUGGACAAGAGAGGACUUGGUCGCUCAUCAAUCAAAGCUGACCAGGACGAUGAGAGAGAAGGCUGCAGAACAGCAGGACAGUGGCAGCUGAGGAAAGAGCUAUGCAGAAGCAAAGGAAGAACAGGUGUAGUCUUCACUACUUUGCAUUUAUUACCCAGGCCAAAGGGAGAGCAAUGCAGGCACGCUUUCGGCACCUUUCCCCGGCUACUGGCAGCACCGCAGUCCCAUAGCAGAAUUUUAGUUGAGGCUGGAGAGGAGAUAUCUGCACAUCUGACUGAAGUGGUCCUGAAAUCUGGAAGUGAUAGCAACAAUUUACAGAGUCCCAAGCUUAGACCAAAACCUCCUGGGAGACGUACAAGUCUCGGGCCUCAGAGGGUAGCCUCUUGUCACCUUUCAAGAAUAAGACCACACACUGAUCUCAAGUCUUCGAUUUAUAAUUCUCUUCCCCAUCUGAGCCCUGAAUAGCAAGUUCACAUUUCCUCCCCUUCCUUCCAUCAGGGAACCUCUGUGUCUCCACCUCCUUCCUCUUCUGAAUCAUGAA